AUGAAAUUUAUUCCUUCCAGAUCGAGAGCAGUACGUGUCUCAUUUCUUCUCGUCGCAGCCUACAUCAUUUGCUGGUUGCCGUAUAAUCUGCUGAGUCUCGUUCAUCUUAUUGACAAAGAGCUCUUCAGCAAUAGCUUUAUCAAGUUCUAUUUCUUACACGAGUUCAUGGUGUUCAAUUCGGUCGUCAAUCCAUACCUUUACGGCUUAUUUAGUCGUUCCGACAAAAUACGAAGACGAAUUCACGAGUAA